AGGACCAUUGCUUACCUCAAGUUUGGAUAGAAAUUGCAGGUACCGGUGUGGCAAUCGUAUUCGAGGACGAGCGCCAGAAGUACAACGGCCACCAUCACGACAAGAUGCCUGAAGACGGCUAUUCCUCUACUUGGGAUAGUGCCGACCAAUCUGAUUUCCCAUCCACUGCUCCCACUUCCUAUACUCGGCCUCCAAUGCGUUCACUCGAUGUUCAGGAUUCAGCAUCUUCUUCACAUCCGCUUUCUAUAUCACCACAGUCUCGGCCAAGCUCGGAUUCUCUCGGUCCGUCACCGACAUCCAAAUGGCGAGACACACCUACAGCCAUUAGCGAGUCUCAUGAGACGGUGCCAGGAGACACGGCAAGUCUGGUGGAACAGGGAUUCGACGAGAACGUGCUAAGGGCAUUGUGCGACAUGGAUUGUGGGGUCCCGUUACUGCUUGAUCGCAUAAAGCAAAGCAUGGUAUCGUGCAGGGAGGCCGCAGUGUUUCUGAAGAAGCGAGCUGCAAUUGAGGAGGAGUAUGGGAAAGGCAUGCAGAAGCUGUCGCGGUCAACCGCCGAAAUGUAUUCUUUGAAUGACGGGAAAGCCGGGACCUUCGUAACAGCUUGGCAGUCUUCUAUGCGUAUCCACGAACAAAUGUCCGAAAAUAGGCUACGAUUUGCUCAAAGACUCAACGAGAUGAGUGAGGAACUGGUAACGCUGUCAAAAGAAGUGGACAAAAACCGAAAACAUACCAAAGAUCUUGCCAGCCGUUACGAGCGAGCAUUGAUUGAGUCCCAAGGAAUAACAGAGAAGAGCAAGAAUCGACUUGACAUAACCUCCGAAGAGCUGGAACGCGUACUCUUGCAGAAGGAAGGGGAAUCUUUCAAGGAUAACUCCGUCCAAGCCAGACCUGGUGGUGCGGGAGGGAAACGGGUAAUUGGCAAGGCAGUAGCAAAAGGAGGUCUGCUAUUGAAGGGAAAGAACCCUGGCAAUAUCCAAAGACAAGAAGACGACAUCAGGGCUCGAAUGUCGACAGCAACUGAUGCAUUCCGCAAAGCUGUUACCGAUACCCAGGCAAUGAGACAAGAGUACUACAACUUUCAGCUACCGCGGAUCCUCAGGUCCUUGAAGGAAUGUGCCGACGAAAUCGACCUUGGGACACAAUACCAUCUCACAAGAUAUGCCUUCCUCUUUGAAAGCAUCGUUCUCAGUGACGGAUCGACGUUAGUUCCUCCGAAGGAAGAGGGAAACACGCUGUCAAAAGGGUUGAAAGCCUCCAUUGAAGCCAUUGAUAACAGAGGGGACUUCAAAACAUUUAUGCAGAACUAUGCGUACGCACGAGGAAAUUCCACCUCUAGAGGACCGCGACGCGACGGACCGUCCGACGAAGGAUUUUUACCGCCUAUACCUGCUUACAACAGAGAUCGGCACACACCCGACACGUCUUCAAAUGGACAUCAUACAUCAGACAAAGGUCGACCAACUUUUGGUGUCGACCUUGCAGAACAGAUGACGAGGGAUGACGCUGAAGUUCCACCUAUCAUGCGCAAGUGCUGUGAAGCGAUUGAGAAAUACGGCAUGGAUAUAACGGGGAUAUACCGUCUGAGCGGAACAACUAGUAAAGUGCAAAAUCUCAAGCACCAGCUGGAUAAAGACCUCGAUUCUGUGAAUCUCGACGCACCGGAAUGGUCUGCGGACAUUAACAACGUAACGGGCGUACUAAAGAUGUGGUUGCGAGAACUUCCGGAUCCACUCAUGACCGUUAGUUUGCAACAUGGUUUCAUUGAAGCUGCCAAGAUUGAUAAUGACCGGCUAAGACAUAUUCGACUGCACGAGAGAGUGAAUGAUCUUCCUGAUGCGAAUUAUGCAACGCUAAAGUAUUUCCUUGGUCACUUGCAUCGGAUAAUUCACGAGCCAGCGAAUAUGAUGAGUGCCCAGAAUAUGUCAAUUAUCUUCGGACCGACUUUGUUUGGACAAAUUCUUCCCAGCGUGAACGGCGGCGGGAUGAACGACGCAGGGGCAUCCGUAAUAGACCUCUCUAACUUGGCCAUCGAAACAAUACUCAAACAUUACAAUGACAUAUUUGUAGAUGACUCGGAAUAAAAGUGUAUACCCCACGCAGGACGUUGUUACCGUCACUAUCUUGCUAUCAUUCGUAUUUUCUCUAAUUUACAUUGCACUUGUAUUCGUCACAUCAUGUAUCGCCUGUCAUCACUGAUGAAUUAUUAGUUGGAAGUUCGUUUAUGGCUGGGACAAUUCCGACUUAUGAUGUGAG